AAUGCACUGCAAACGUUAGCAAAGAAAAACCAUUAUCCACCAAAAUCUGUAUGUAUCUACAAAUAUUUAUAAGACCAGUUCUAUUCGAGAAUUCUUAUACCAACCACUGCGCUCUCAGAAACAUGUUAAAAGCAGUUUUGAUUUUUUGCGCGGUUUACGCAGAAUGUGCCAAGAACUUGCCAUCAUUCAUCGAGCCGUGCUAUCGAAACGAUCCGAAAGCCGGAGAAUGUCUGCUGAGGAACGUCCGAUCCCUGAAACCCCGAUUAGAAAAAGGCAUACCGGAGCUGCAGCUGCCCAACUUGAAUCCCCUGCUCAUUUCGACGGCCCCGCUCUUCUCCAGCGGCGAUUUCAGAGGCAACAUGACCGACCUGAAGUUAUACGACGUUUCCAACUCUGAAACCACCUACAUCGAUAUCAACUUCCACGAGAAAGUCCUAGUGGUCGAAUACACCAUGACGAGCAUGCGGAUGGUAACGAAUUACCGGCUCGUGGGGAAGCUUUUGAUGUUCCAAUUGGACUCUACCGGCGAAUUGAAAGCGAAUAUAACCGGUCUCCGGAUGAAGUAUACGGGGUACUUAAAGAUGGUUCAGCGCCGGGGGGUGGAAUAUUUAGCAUUGAACGGUUCAGAAGCAAUAGGAAACAUCGAAUACAUUCACGUUGAAUUUACGAAUCUGUUCAAAGAUAACGAGCUUCUUAACCGGGCGGCUAACGAUGUUUUAAACGAUAAUUACAAAAUAAUUAUCAACGAUUUCGGACCGGUGAUUAACCGAUCUUGUAAGAUCAUAAUAGACACGAUAUUGGCAGGACUUUUUUAUAAAUAUCCCGCUGAUGUUCUUUUUCCCGUUAAAAAAUAACACAGGAACAAUCUAAUAAAAAAUUACUAGUAACAGUACACUGAGAAAACCACUCAUUAAAAUCAAGCGAAACUUGUUAACUAUUAACUCACCACAACUUUGCAUAUUGGGAACAUCACCUUAGAUACAUUUAAACUAAGCGCUCUUUUAAACCAUUUUCACUUGUUUGUUAACUGUUAACGAAUGGUACAUUUUGUUAUAACUCAUUUUGGUAAAUAUUAUAAUAUGGUAUGUUCAGUUCUAAAUAGUCAAAGUUCCAAUUAAAAUUAGUAAGUUGUUUUAUAUUUUUCUGCAUAGUGCAGCGUAACUAUGCUGAGUUUUAAUUAAAAAUAUAAU